CCCUCCUGACACAACGCAAACCAGCACCUCAGAGCAACUCAACCCUCAACCUCGCAAAUAAUGUCUGGAGCCCCGGGUCUGGUCUUCUGCCUGCUGUGCCUUCUGUCCGUCUGCACGGCCUGCUACAUCUCCAACUGCCCCAUCGGGGGCAAGAGAGCCCUGCAGGACCUACCCAGGAAGUGCCUGUCGUGUGGGCCGGGGGAGCGCGGGCGCUGCGUGGGCCCCAGCAUCUGCUGCGGGGAGGGCAUGGGCUGCUACCUGGGCUCCCCCGAGACCGCGCGCUGCCUGGAGGAGAACUUCCUGCCCUCCCCCUGCGAGGCCGGCGGGAGACCCUGCGGCUCCGAGGACGGCCACUGCACCGCCCCGGGCAUCUGCUGCGACUCAGAGGGCUGUGCCGUCGACCAAUCCUGUCUGGAUGCCGACGACGAGGACACUCCUCUUAACCAAUCAGAAAGCAGCAAGGACCUCCUGAUGAAGCUCCUCCACAUCAGCGGGCAGACCCACCCCUUCAGACUCCACCAAUGAGCAUCGUCCGAGCAGACCAGGAAGUGUCUUCAGCAAUGAAGGUGUGUCAAGAAAACAAUGACCACAUCACUCAAAGACCUAAGCAUUCACAUGUACAUACAGAUAUUUUGUACAGGAAAUAGAUGUGCAUAGAUGUAUAACAAAAGCCAGGAACACUGUAUUGUACUGUAAUAGUGCUCUCUGGAGUACACGAUGAA